AAUCGCCCAUUAACCGCCCAUCCACACUCACAUCCCCUUAGGGCACAUAUCCCCUCAGAUCUCUAUAUGUUUGCAGUGCGGCAAUUAGCCAGCUAAUCAUACCGAGACAUUCAGAUUAGCAUUAGAUCAUGUUUUUUCUGAAAUCCUCAUGCCCAAAGAGCUGGCUUCGCUGCAAACAUAUAGCAAGCUAUCUCCCGGCCAUUCUUCUUUAUCAUUUGAAUCUCCCCUCAAUGCUGCCGCGGCAUAGUUGUACCCAAGUUGCGGUACACUUGCCCCAAGGGAAAGUUCACCUGCCAGGACUUGAGCUGCAUAUCGAUUGUCCAUCGCUGCGACGGCCGGGCCGAUUGUCCGCACGAUCGAUCCGAUGAGGAAGGCUGUCGUAGGUGUUGCGAUACCCGAUAACAUAACCCCGAUAAUGCUCCACCUAUGUCUCUGUGCUCUCUCUUUUUUUCCUGCUUCUCUAAUGGGAAUGCAGCCUGUCUGUACGACAAGUGGCAGUGUGACGAUGGCACCUGCAUAGCCAAGGAGCUGCUCUGCAAUGGCAACAUCGAUUGUCCCGAGGACAUUUCCGAUGAGCGCUACUGCGAGGGUGAGUAAAAGUGGGAAGUGUUGCUCUUGGCUCUUAGCUAUUCACCCUUGAGGAGUGGUAAGUUCACUCCACACCCUAGUCACUGCAUCACGAAAAUCACCUCGCCCAAGCAAUCACAAACAUUUAGUAGAACUAACGUACGCAUG